AUGUCACCUGAUUCCGAGUCUAGCCAACAUACUACUUAUUAUAAUCCCCAGAGGCGAACUCCUGUCAACAGCCCUGGCGGAUUUCAAGACCACAUGCAGGCCGAUGAAUGUUUCUUACAUUUUCUCCUUUUCCUUCAAAGCGACCCAAAGCUUGCCGUCUUCACGCUUCUUCUCUACCCUCUUGUGUCGUCUCCUGCCCCGUUCUCGCCACAUGCACUUCACACAUUUCCCUCCCUCUCGCUUCACAGUCCGGAGGGAGGUACUCGAGUGGCUGAGGCGGCCGGAAUCCUGUUGCCGAACAGCAAUCGUGUGCGCCACGGGGCCAGAUUGCGUGUCACCUGCGAACGAGGCUACCAGUUGGCUGAGUACCACAUGGAGGAGCCAGAGUGCAGGAACGGCUCGUUCACCAAAAUCAGCCGAUGUAUUCCAGCCCCCUGCCUCGGCCGGCCUCCCGACGUGCCAAACGCGAUAGCUCGCUUUUUCGGCCAUGCCCACCACCAACUGGCGCACUACACCUGCUCACCGGGCUUCAUGUCUGUCGCCAUGGAGCAGCGCCAACUACGCUCCCUGGCAGCUGGCCGUAGCCCCGGCGUCUCGACUGACCUGACCCAGUCCGGCCAUAGAAGCAGAGAGGGGGGCAGCAGUAGUCCUCUUCUGGGCCAAGCACUUGCAUCACGGACCGGCAGUCAGUGGAGUCCAGAGUUGGUGGACACGUUGCGCUGUCAAUUCGGCCAGUGGAAAACCUUUUUGAUUUGGAGUCCGAAUCUUGAUCUGCUCAAUCCUAGAAAUACGGUGCCAAAAUUAGCCUCUCUCACUCUCGUUGGCCACUUUGACAGGCUACGGUAA